AUGGCCUCAAGAAGCAAGCCAAACAUCAUUGUGACUGGUACGCCCGGCGUGGGCAAAACUACCCACUGCGAAAUACUCGCCGAAAACACUGGUCUGAAACACUUCUCGAUCAACGAAGUUGUCAAGGACCGAGGUUGUCAUGAUGGCUACGACGAAGAAUUCAAAAGCUGGAUCGUGGACGAGGACAAGUUACUGGAUGCAAUUGAAGAUGAGGUGAAGCAAGGGGGAUACAUAAUUGACUGGCACGCUUGCGACUUGUUCCCCAAAAGCUGGAUCGACCUUGUGGUUGUUCUGCGAGUCGAUUCUACACAGCUUUACGACAGACUGAAAGCAAGGAACUACCCCGAAGCCAAACUACAAGAGAAUAUCGACUCCGAGAUUAUGGAGGUCCUACUACAAGAAGCGCGGGAUUCAUACGACGAAGACAUCGUAGUCGAGCUCACCAGCAACAGUACGGAGGAGAUGGACAGCAACGUUGCACGGAUCGAGAGUUGGCUUGCGCAGUGGAAAAAGAACAACACCGAAAAUGCGCAAUAG